GUGACCAUCGCUACCAUUAUAGACAACAAACACCAGCUGGGGAGUGUUCAAACAUAAAUAUUAAUUCAAGAUUUUCAAACAAACUUCACUUAUCAUAAAGAAAAAGCACCACGAGUGACCGCCAAGUGCUCACAUUAAGUCCAAGUCUAAGAAACAACACUCAAGCCUUCCCUGACCGUCAACAUUCAUUGAGGCUCCACCCAGAGGCAUCAUGCAACAUCACUCGUGCAGUGAUCCAGAGGAGAAAACCUUCAACCAAACUGUACCUGUCAUAAAGAAGGCAAAAACUGGCCAGUGUCCAGAGUGUGGGAAGGUGUGCAGGUCUGACAAUAUGAGCAGGCAUAUGUUAGUGCAUUCAGGUGACAAACGUCACGAGUGUCCAGAGUGUGGGAAGAGGUUCAGACAGUAUGAACAUGUUAAGAUUCACAUGUUAUUGCAUUCGGGUGACAGACCUCUCGAGUGUCCAGAGUGUGGAAAGAGAUUCAGACAGCUUGGACAUGUGAAGUCUCACAUGUUAGUGCAUUCAGAUGACAAACCUCACCAUUGUUCAGUGUGUGGGAUGGUAUUCAGUCGUCUUGGAAAUCUGAAGUCUCACAUGUUAGUGCAUUCAGAUGACAAACCUCACAAGUGUCCAGAGUGUGGGAAGAGAUUUAGAUAUCGUGGAAAUUUGAACGAUCACAUGUUAGUGCAUUCGGAUGACAAACCUCACAAGUGUCCAGAGUGUGGGAAGGAAUUUAAACAUCUUGCAACUAUGAAGAUUCACAGGACGGGGCAUGCAGAUGUACCAUUCAACAGACCUUUUGAAUGUGUGGAGUGUGGGAAAAAAUUUAGAGGGCGUAGUGCUAUAAUACAGCACCUGUUAGUGCAUUUAGAUGACUAACCUCAUGAAUGUCCAGAGUGUGGUUGGAAAUUCAGACAAUAUAGAAAAAUGAAGACUCACAUGUUAGUGCAUUCGACUGACAAACCUCACAAGUGUCAAAAGUGUGGGAAGAAAUUCAAGUGGCUUCAAAGCAUGAGGAGGCACAAGAUGCUACAUUCAGGUGAUUGGCUAAACACUUUGAAUAUGAGAGAUGAUUUAUAGAAUGCUGAAGUACUAUAGAGUACUACAUGGAACUUAGUAGUACAUUAACUUUCCUUUUAUCUAAUAUACAAUUUGGAAAAAGAGCUUUAUCAUAAAAAAAUAAAGAAUCUGAAUCUGAAAAAUAUUGUGCCAUCACCAUGUCAGUUGGAUGUCCUACAGAGGUAAUUGUUAUAUUUUGUUUGAAAAUAUUCUUCACUCUGGAAGGUAAAUAUCUAAAGGUUUGAUGACCAAACCACACAUCAGAAAGUGAAAAGACGAUGACAUCCUGGACCAUUAUCAAAUUGUGUAAUUAUACGACUUGAUAAUGGUUCAGGAUGGACCAAAACAUUGUCGUUUCUACACUUUCU